GAAGAGAGAAAAAAAAAAAACAGGAAAAUGCUCCUAGCCCAAACCAUAUAAGUAUAAGGGAUAGUCAUUCUUUUGUUUAGAGAACUAUCAGAUUAAUCACAGAAAGGUACGAUGAAUAACAAACAAGAUGAUGUCCAUGGCAAAGCAUUAGGUCUGUUACUUAAAGACAAAAUCAAAAGGAAGCUAAUAAGUUUUAGAGCGAAGUGCAAGGAUAAGAUCAAAGAAAAUGGAGAUGAUACCACUGUAGAGGGUUUACAACCAUGCUUGGUGCAGUCCUCAGGCAUCUCGGAGGUGAAAAAUGAAAAUGCCAUCACACAAGACCUUCAGAAUCAAGAACAAGUUGGUGCAGAAGAUGUGGCAGAACAAGAACAUCCCUUAUCCGAUCCGUGUGAAGACCAACCACACAAUCAGGAACCACAUAGAAGAGGGCGAAUUUUGACAACAAUAUUGAUCAGAAAGGAGAUUAUAUCAUUUCACUUUCCAAUAGAUGCAACGACUUUCCCAAACACAGAAAAUUUAUCAUCAAAUCUUCAUCAAUGGGAGGUAGAAUGUAGAAAAAGAAGUUCGGGAACAUUAGAUACGUACUAUACUCAUGGUACCACUACUGGUAAGAAAUUACGAUCAGUGACAGAAGUUGUAAAUCACUUACUUCCAGAAGGCUACACCAAGAUAGAAUCAAAGGAUAAAAUAGAAAAGGACGUUGAGGCCAAGGAGGAAGAUAACAGUCUUGAAGUGAGGGAUACAAGUGUACUUUCUCAUAGUGUCUCCUUACCAAAGAAGAGAAAAACAAUAAACAAGGUGAUGCAUCAUAUUUAA